AUGACCCGCACCGCCACCCGCAAUGCACCUUUGUCCUUGACUUCCACGUUCAAGCUUCAAGUUAAAAUCAUGGGCGGGUUCCCCGUCGUCUUUGUCGGCUACGAGCUCGAAGAUGAUGCUUUAGACAUCUAUCAAUCCUCUAAUGAUCCUAGAGACGCAGUCAAGUCUCUACUCCGCGUCGUCGAAUCGGAAACAAGCAGGCCAGCCAGCAUCGUCCGCUACGAUGACUCCAAGGGCCAAACACACAAAUUCGUCUGUUGCUUUGCGGAUCUCAGCGGUCGAGCCUACUCUCCGAAGGAGAUUGACGCUAUCCCUGUACCUCCUGAAUUUUCCCGCGUGCCGAACAGAGUCAAGACGAGAGGGGAGUUGGAACGCAAGUUUUCUCCGAGUGCGAUGGUAAAUUCUUACGGCGCAGAUGGCAAGACUCGGGUCGAUACCGGUGCCGUGAUAGGGCGCACGAUCCAAUACUCCUACUUAAGUAGCCCCCACGUUCCCCUAAAGCGCCCGGGUUACCCUGACGUCACCGAAACUGUCGGGACCUUGUUGCGGCAAGACGCGUCAGUAGACAGGCAACUGAAACGAACGGGAUUCAGAAAGUGCAUAGAGAAAAUGGCCGAUGCUUGUAAAUCGAGUUAA